AUGAACGCCCCAAUCUUCUUCAUCCUUGCCGCCAGCGUCAUGUUCGUGGCCGUUUACUCGGAUUGCUCCGAAAUCUACACGUCCUGGAUGCUGCGCGGUGGUUGUAACGAUACGUGUGGCGGAUACGGCGUGCAGAAGAUGAUUCGCAAUUGUGUGAGCAACUGCAGCUGCAGUGGCCCAUUCGUCCAAUGGUCACUCUGCAACGAUACUCCAUGCGUGUUCCCUCGUAUCCCAUGCGGUAACGGCCUGAUUCGUGUUGUCGUCAACGGCACCGUCGUCUGUGGAUAUACAGCUGGUGAUCAUGAAAUUAUAAUACGGCAGCACUUCCGGCUAUCCCUAAUUAGCUCCUCGAUCCCCAUUUUCUCGUCAUUCGCGAGAUGCGGCUUGGCUGAACGGAUGCCACCAAAAGCAGCCGGGCCAGCACCUCCGGUCGCAGUGUUGCCGCCCAAUGAGAACAUCGGGAGUAUCCAAGGUUUCGACUGCGGCUGUGAGCAAGCGGACACACCAACACCACCACGACCAGCCGUUGACGGGAAGAAACACCCCCACUUCGAGCGACUCGUCCACUUCUUUGCUGGAAACUUCGGGGGGGCCGCGGGCGUGCUCGCCGGCCAUCCUAUGGAUACGGUGAAGGUACGGCUACAGACCCAACAUGCACACGGAGCGGCGCCAAUCUACAGAGGGACUUUUCACUGCUUUUCGAUGAUCGUUCAAAAGGAAGGCUUCACUGGCUUGUACAAAGGACUCUCCGCUCCGUUGGCCUCACUCUGCCUCAUCAACGCGACAGCCUUCGGCGUACAAGCUGCGGUUACCAAGGAAUUCCGCGAUCACCAGAGUUUGAGUGCUCAAUUUUGGGGAGGAUGUGCAGCUGGAGCUGCCCAAUCGAUCAUCGCGUCGCCGUCGGAAAGGUUAAAGCUGAAAAUGCAACUGCAAAGUGAUAGCAAAAGUGCCGUCUACCGAAACCCGAUCCACGCGGCGCAAUUGAUGGUGAAGGAGAAGGGAUGGCUUUCGAUGAAUCGAGGCUUCUUGAUGACCAUCACUCGAGACUGUCCGGCCUGGGGCAUCUACUUUGCUUCAUACGAUCUUCUGGCGCGUCAACUGAGCAAGGACGGCACCAUGGAAUCUCUGACAGCGCCACAGCUGCUCCUUGCUGGAGGCCUUGCUGGCAUGUUCUCGUGGUUGCCCAACUACCCAGCCGACGUGAUCAAGACACGCUUCCAGGCGGACGAUACAUACAGGAGUUACUGGGAUUGCAUACGGAAGACUUACGCCGAGCGAGGGCUUCGCAGCUUCUACGCCGGCCUCGGAUCUACGAUGUUGAGAGCCUUCCCUUCCAACGCGGCCACCUUCUUCACCGUUGAGUGGACGUACCGAUUACUUCUCGACUUCAACAUCUUGGGCGUCGGCGCUCCGGCAGAAGCGAUGGUGGUCCGACACGUGCACGUCGCAGAUCUCUGGGCUCGACGAGAACAAAUUGUGCUGCCUGAAGCCGGCUCUACGUCACUUGAUCCCAUCCUUCAUUCGUGUCGCUUUCUC